GGAUAGAAAGAAAGGGUCAAGGAAUGGAGGUGCAGAGGGUAAGGCAGUUGAUGUUACUUUGGUCUAGAUUGCAAAGUAGCCGUGUUGCUCUCGUGGGUGGAAAUCACACCGCUGCUCGGUUUUGCACUCGCUAAGUUUGCCUCUCUCAAAUGCUUUUUCCUCUCCCUCUCGCUGAUUAUAAUCUUUGUUGGCUAUCCUUUUUAUCUGAUACUCUUUUUAUUCUCACCUUCUCAAUACAAGACGUUUUUGGAUCCGUUUUUUGAUUUUUAGUGAAUAAAUUUUAAGCCCAUUUUUAUCAAGGAAGUCUCUUAUCAAUGGCUGUCCAAAUUAUUGAUGGACUCCAAACCACAUGCCAUGACAAGCACAAGCCUUUGUGUUAUGGUGGCAUUAGCUUGUCUGCUGAUACACAUUUGAUCGUCAAGCUCCCUGAUUCUAGGAUUUUUAAGCUUCUGUCUCGCUUCAUUGUGAUCUUGGCCUUGACCAUUGUUUUAAUUCCUUUGUUACGAAUAGGA